ACCGUCUUCACCGUCCUCCUCCUCCCUCCUCUCGCCGUCGUCUCCAUCGUGCUCGCCGUCUUCCACGUCGUAGCCUCCGACUCGCAUACUGUGCACACCGUUUUUCUCCUAGCCCAUCGCCAGCAACUACUCUACUACGUCUAAUAUGUAUCUUCUGCACCUGGCUGCCCUCGUUCUCGCCACUGUCAAUGCCGCCCUCGCACAAGACAUAGUGUAUGACUCUAUCCACAACGCCACUGUCAUUACCGGCACUUGGGCAUCAGGAGCGAAGAACGUCGUCACUGGUUCGGGCUUCGCUAACCCAGCAAACGAGUCGUUCACAUACCCAAAGACAACAGGUGUCUCAUACUCAUUCUCCGAUGACGGGUUCUACGAGAUUGCGAGAUAUCGCUUCACUGGCAACGGCACACAACCGAACUGCAUCACUGGCGUUGUCAACUGGGUUCACGGCAAAUACGAACUGGUCUCUAACGGCUCAAUCGUCAUGACACCAUUCGGCGAUGGUUUCCAACAAAUUCAAGAUACUUGCGCUGCCGUCUCAAACUUCAUCGAGACCUACAACGACACUGAGCUCUACAACUCGUGGCGUAUAUUCACAGACCCCACCGACGGCUACAAGCUUCAUCUGUUCAACUACGAUGGUAGUGCUGUCGCUCCCCAGUUCCAGGUCUCCACCACUCCGAAUAUGCUUCCCACCUACUCGCUCCGGAACGAUUCGACCACCACCGUCGAAAAGAGGAGUUUUUUCAAGAGGACCUCCGAUGCUACCAGCACGAAAUGGAGUACUUCGCGAGUGGCAGCUGGAUUCGCCACUAUGGGUGGUAUCACCCUCUUGGCAGCGCUCUUGUAGAUGGGUUGGCUGGUGUUGGUCGUGAUGUCAUUCGUCCUCCCGCAGUAUAGUCAGGGUUAGGUUUUGGACACGCGGAGCCGUCGUCCUUCGUCGGUGAUCCUUUUUGUUCUGCAUUGAUCAAUUACUCUUCUCUUUCUUCUUUCGAACUUUAUUCUUCUCAUAUCUCUAUACAUUUCGUCGAUCUCCGCGAGCACCUAUCACCUUCUAGCUUCUCGCCACCCUUUCACCGUUGCAACUUCAGCCUCCUUCCUACCAUCUUCUCCUAGCAUCGCCUUUGUCCCUUUCUUUUCUUCGCCACCUCUGCGUGAGUAAUGACCGACGCUUCGACUGUAUGACUGAUAUGGAUACCCAACCUCUCCCCGUUGCAUCACAUCGCAUCCCAUACGUAUCAUAGCCCAUUCUUCAGCACAAUCACCCCAUCGUCCGCGUGGUAUCUCACUUUUAACAACUACACCGACACUGGCAGGUCUUUCGUCUUCUCGGGCUCCAGUCCUCUGUAUGCCACUUGAACCGUGUGUUGUGUAGAAAGGCUACGUUCUCUGUGCAUAUGGUAUAGAUGUUGAUAGACCAGGGAGAAUACACGCUCGUUUAGACUCACUU